UUUAUCAUAACCAGAGAAAAAGCAUCCUAACCAGAGUCCAAAUUUAAUUCAAUUAAUGUGGAGGAAAGAAUAUGAAUUUGUGGUUCCUGGGAAUGAAGAACAUAUAUGUGUUUGCUGUAUUGUUGGUGUUGACAGUUACUGUAUCUGCGGGCCGGAGAAACAGAGGAUGUAAAUACACGGGCCAUUGGGGUGAAUGUAACCCUGUAACAGGGAAGAGGACAAGGACCCUCCAACCAAAACAACACAACCAGCCAGAUUGUCUGCAGCCCAAGAUCCAGACCAAGGAUUGUAGUGCGUGUAAGUACACACAGGCCACUUUGGGGCCAUGUAACCCCAUUAACAGGACACAGGAGGUCAGGAAAGCGCUGGCCCCUGGCACAAGUCCAGACCUGAACUGUGAACCCUUCAAGAUCAAGGUGAAAAGGUGCAAGCCAAAUAGAGUGAAUUUAAAGUGUCUGUAUGGAAAGCGUGUAAUUGGUGAGUGUGACAGAACAACCAAUACCAUGGUCCUCAACUUUCCGCUGCUUCCUGGACAGGACCCUAGUUGUCCACAAAAGAACAAAACCAAGCCUUGCAGGAAAAUGAAAAACAAGUGUAAGUACGACAAAUCCGCUGAGUGGGAUACCUCAGCCUGUCCUGGUGGCAAUGCAACAAGAACCUUAAAUUUGAAGCCAGGACAAGACACAACACUGUGUGAGGCGACACGUGAAAUGACAGUCAAAUGUAGAAAACUUGAAAAGAAAAUGAGCAGGAAGACAAAGAAGAGAGAGGGAAGGAAGGAAAAGAAGAAGCAACGCCGACAAGACAGGCGUCGCCAGAACCGCAAGGACCCUGACCCAGGAUGUAAGUACUCCCAGGGGGACUGGACCGAUUGUGACAUGACAACUGACACCAUGAGUAAGACAAUGACCUUGAUCUCUGGAGAAGAUGUGUGUGAACAAACCAUAAUUGUCAGGGCCAAAUGUAGGAAACCUUGUAAGUAUGCUCGCGGUCAGUGGGGAGAAUGUGACCCCAGUACAAAGCUGAAGGAGAGGGUGGACACCCUCAAAACAUCAGUCAGCAAGGACUUCUGUGAGAGCACCAGGAAAAUACACAAAAAGUGUGGCAAGAAAGCCAAGAAGAGCAAGAAAG